AUGCAUAAGGAUAACAAGAACAAAAUAGCCAAACACCCUGACCAAGCCAACAGCAUCUGGAAGGUCACCCAAGUUUUCCUCGGCUUUGUCCACCUCUACUCAGCCAACCGUUCUUCCCUUCCCGGGAAGGAAGAGGAAGGUGUGGAGGCUAGACGCCUGGCGCGCCGCCUCCGGGCCGGCAAAGGGGCCCCGCCGGGCCGGGAGCGGGACCGGGAGCCCGGAGCCUCCCUCGGGUGCCCCAAGUGCCACGGCUUCCUCUACGAGCCCGUCUCGCUGCUGUGCGGCCACACCUUCUGCAAGAAGUGCCUGGAAAGGGAGGCCAGCCCGGGCGGCCCCGCCGGAUGCGACCUCUGCCCGGCCCUCCCCGGCGCCCGGCCCGCCCGGCUCCGGGUCAACGUCGUCCUCAGCAACCUGCUGGCGAAGUGGUUUCCCGGGCAAGUCAAGGCGUCGCGGCUCCGGCACGAAGGGAACCUCCUGUACCAGGAGAAGCAGCUCCGGGCGGCUCUCCAGAAGUACGACGAAGCGGUGCGCUUAGCUCCCAGAGAUCAUUUGUUAUAUAGCAACCGGUCCCAGAUUAAUUCUACCUUGAAGUGUUGCAGAGAAGCACUGGAUGACGCAGAAAUGGCCUGUCGGCUCCAGCCGUAUUGGGCGAAGGGUCACUUACGGAAAGGCCAAGCCCUCGCUAACCUUGGGAAAACGGAAGAAGCUUUACAUGAGUUUUUAUUCUGCCUUGCUUUGGAUAGUGGGAAUCGAACAGCCAAAUCCGACUCUCAAAGGGAAAACAUGGACCAAGAUAAAAACUCUUCUGUCCGUGAAGAUCAGAAAAUGAGGGAGUGUGAAAAUCUAGCAAAAUCCACCUUGGUGACAGAGUGCAGGAAAGGGAGCUUGGAUGAGAACAGGGGUGCCUCCUCAGAAGUAGAGUCUGACCUCCACAUUUCUGAGAAAUGCAGACUUCUGAAGAGAAAGCACUGCUCAGAAGGGAUGCCGAACACAGACCCACCAAGCAAAAUUGUGAAAAGGGAUAACGCUGAUGGGAAAGGAUCCGGCGCUGGGAACGGCAUUCUUUUUGAAGCGGUGGAUCCAUCUGAACUGGAGUGCUCUUUGUGCAUGAGACUCUUCUAUGAACCGGUCACCACCCCUUGCGGACACACUUUCUGCCUGAAAUGUCUGGAAAGGUGCCUGGAUCACAACCCCAAAUGCCCCCUCUGUAAAGAGGAGCUUUCAGAGUGUUUGGCAAUGAGGAAACACUGUAAGACUGUUCUCCUGGAGGAGUUGAUUGCAAAGUAUCUUCCGGAGGAGCUCACGGAACGGAGAAAGCUUUACGAAGAGGAGAUGGCUGAACUUUCCAAUUUGAAUAAGAAUGUACCCAUAUUUGUCUGCACAAUGGCUUACCCCACGGUCCCCUGCCCACUGCACAUCUUUGAACCCUGUUACCGACUGAUGAUCCGGAGAUGCAUGGAGACUGGCACCAAGCAGUUCGGCAUGUGCAUCGGGGACCCUGUCCGAGGGUUCGCGGAUUACGGCUGCAUCCUAGAGAUAAGAAACGUGGAGUUCUUUGCCGACGGCCGGUCGGUGGUGGACAGUAUCGGCAAGAGGCGAUUCAAAGUGUUGCGGCACGGCCAGCGUGACGGGUACAACACGGCGGAUAUCGAGUACAUAGAAGAUCAGCCGGUGCAAGGAGAAGACUAUGCCAGCUUGGUUGUCCUUCAUGAUUCUGUAUACCAUCAGGCCUGCAUGUGGUUUGAUUCUCUCAAGUCAACACUCAAGAGCCGUAUCCUGAACCACUUUGGCCCCAUGCCUGCUAAGGACGCCGACCCACAGGCCAGCCCCAACGGGCCUGCCUGGUGCUGGUGGAUACUGGCCGUCCUCCCUCUUGAGAGCCGGGCCCAGCUCCCGUUCCUCGCCAUGAUGUCUCUGAAAGACCGCCUGAACGGCAUCGGGCGUAUCCUUGCCUUCAUGUCCCGUGCGAGAUCGCGAUGAUAUCAUGAGAAGUUCUGGGAACCCACUGGCCGUGUUUGAGCCAUCCUUCUUAACUGUGGCUACUUCUGUGUGCCAGAGCCUUCUUUCUUCAAGCUUGUGUGUGUGUGUGUGUGUCUCACUCUCGUACACUGUUUCUGAUCCUUGACUGGUCGUGAAGAAGACAACAGCAGAGAAGAGGUGUUUGUAUUAGAAAAGGACUUCCUUGUUGCUGGAUUAGAGCUUGCAUUCUCUGCACCAGCUGAA